GAUCCAUCCCCCUCCUGUGGCAGGGACAUUGCUGGAGCCGCCUCAGACGCACAGGGGUCCUUGGUGAACUUUGUCAUGGUUAUUUAAGGAACCUCGCCUAGAAGUCCCAACUCACGAUUCCCCAUCGACGGGAAGGCCUGGACUCCAAGAUGAUUAUAAAGGAAUAUCGGAUUCCUCUGCCGAUGACCUUGGAGGAGUACCGCAUCGCUCAGCUGUACAUGAUACAGAAGAAGAGCCGUAACGAGACAUAUGGCGAAGGCAAUGGCGUGGAGAUCCUGGAGAACCGGCCGUACACGGACGGCCCUGGCGGCUCCGGGCAGUACACGCACAAAGUGUACCAUGUGGGCAUGCACAUCCCCGGCUGGUUCCGCUCCAUCCUGCCCAAGGCAGCCCUGCGGGUGGUGGAGGAGUCCUGGAACGCCUACCCCUACACCCGAACCAGGUUCACCUGCCCUUUUGUGGAGAAAUUCUCCAUCGACAUUGAAACCUUUUAUAAAACCGAUGCUGGAGAAAACCCCAACGUGUUCAGUCUCUCGCCUGUGGAAAAGGACCAGCUGACGAUUGAUUUCAUCGACAUUGUCAAAGACCCUGUGCCCCCCAACGAGUAUAAGACAGAAGAGGACCCCAAGCUGUUCCAGUCAGCCAAGACCCAGCGGGGGCCCCUGUCCGACAACUGGAUUGAGGAGUACAAGAAGCGAGUCUUCCCCAUCAUGUGCGCCUACAAGCUCUGCAAGGUGGAGUUCCGCUACUGGGGCAUGCAGUCCAAGAUCGAGAGGUUCAUCCACGACACCGGCCUGCGGAGGGUGAUGGUGCGGGCACACCGGCAGGCCUGGUGCUGGCAGGACGAGUGGUACGGGCUGAGCAUGGAGCACAUCCGCGAGCUGGAGAAAGAGGCACAGCUCAUGCUGUCCCGCAAGAUGGCCCAGUUCAACGAGGAGGACGAGGGGGCCGCCGAGCUCGCCAAAGACAAGGCUGCCCAGGACCAGGCCUCCAGGGAGCCCCCCGAGCCCAGCAGCAACAACGGGGAGCCCCUGGUGGGGCGGGGCCUGAAGAAGCAGUGGUCCACGUCCUCCAAGUCGUCGCGGUCAUCCAAGCGGGGAGCCAGCCCUUCCCGCCACAGCAUCUCGGAGUGGAGGAUGCAGAGCAUCGCCAGGGACUCGGACGAGAGCUCAGAUGACGAGUUCUUCGAUGCGCACGAGGACCUGUCCGACCAGGAGGAAAUGUUCCCCAAAGACAUAACCAAGUGGAGCUCCAAUGACCUCAUGGACAAAAUCGAGAGCCCAGAGCCAGAGGACGCACAGGACGGUCUGUACCGCCAGAGCGCCCCCGAGUUCAGAGUGGCCUCCAGCGUGGAGCAGCUGAACAUCAUCGAGGACGAGGUCAGCCAGCCACUGGCCACACCGCCCUCCAAGAUCCAUGUGCUGCUGCUGCUGCUGCAUGGAGGCACCAUCCUGGACACGGGCGCCGGGGACCCCAGCUCCAAGCAGGGCGACGCCAACACCAUCGCCAGCGUGUUCGACACGGUCAUGCGCGUGCACUACCCGAGCGCCCUGGGCCACCUCGCCAUCCGCCUGGUGCCCUGCCCGCCCGUCUGCUCAGACGCCUUCGCCCUGGUCUCCAACCUCAGCCCCUACAGUCACGACGAAGGCUGUCUGUCCAGCAGUCAGGACCACAUCCCUCUGGCCGCGCUGCCCCUGCUGGCCACCUCCUCACCCCAGUACCAGGAGGCGAUUGCCAUGGUGAUUCAGCGGGCCAACCUCGCCUAUGGGAACUUCAUCAAGUCCCAGGAGGGUGUGACCUUCAACGGGCAGGUCUGCCUGAUUGGGGACUGCGUCGGGGGCAUCCUGGCGUUUGAUGCCUUGUGCUACAGCAACCAGCCGGUGUCGGAGAGUCAGAGCAGCAGCCGCCGGGGCAGCGUGGUCAGCGUGCAGGACACUGACCUGCUAUCCCCGGGCAUCCUGGUGAACGCAGCACACUGCUCCAGCAGCGGUGGCGGUGGUGGCGGUGGCGGUGGCAGUGGUGGCGGCUCCAGCCUGGAGAACAGCCGGCACCUGAGCCGCAGCAACAUCGACAUCCCCCGCGGCAGCGGCAAUGGCACUGAGGACCCCAAAAGGCAGCUGCCCCGCAAGAGGAGCGACUCAUCCACCUACGAGCUGGACACCAUCCAGCAGCACCAGGCCUUCCUGUCCAGCCUCCACGCCAGCGUGCUGAGGACCGAGGCCAACACAUACCGCUCGAGCAGCUCCGCCAUGCUGGAUGGCACAGGGGCUCUGGGCAGGUUUGACUUCGAGAUCACCGACCUCUUCCUCUUCGGGUGCCCUCUGGGGCUGGUCCUGGCCUUGAGGAAGACAAUCAUCCCAGCCCUGGAUGUUUUCCAGCUGCGGCCGGCCUGCCAGCAGGUCUACAACCUCUUCCACCCCGCGGACCCGUCCGCCUCCCGCCUGGAGCCACUGCUGGAGCGGCGCUUCCACGCCCUGCCGCCCUUCAGCAUCCCCCGCUACCAGCGCUACCCGCUGGGCGACGGCUGCUCCACGCUGCUGGUCGAGACCGUGCAGAGAAACCCCGAGCUGGUCCUGGAGGGUGGCCCCCCGGGCCCUCUCCCCCACGGGGACGGCUUCCUGGAAACCAGUAUCCCCGUUCCCGCGCCCACCUGGCAAGACGGGCCCCGCCAGAGCCCGGGCUGUGCUGAGUCGGACGCGCUCCAGACCCACAACACGGUCUUCCAAGAGCACGCAGCCCCCUCCUCACCCGGAGCAGCCCCCACCAGCCGCGGCUUCCGCCGAGCCAGCGAGAUCAGCAUCGCCAGCCAGGCGUCGGGCAUGGCCGAGAGCUACACGGUGUCCAGCAUUGCCCAGAUUGCUGCAAAGUGGUGGGGCCAGAAGCGGAUCGACUAUGCCCUGUACUGCCCCGACGCCCUAACGGCCUUCCCAACGGUGGCCCUGCCCCACCUCUUCCACGCCAGCUACUGGGAGUCAACGGACGUGGUCUCCUUCCUGCUGAGACAGGUCAUGAGGCACGACAACUCCAGCAUCUUGGAGCUGGACGGGAAGGAGGUGUCAGUGUUCACCCCCUCAAAGCCGAGGGAGAAAUGGCAGCGCAGGAGGACCCACGUGAAGCUGCGGAAUGUCACUGCCAACCACCGGAUCAAUGAUGCUGUCGCCAAUGAGGACGGCCCACAGGUUCUGACGGGCCGGUUCAUGUACGGGCCCCUGGACAUGGUCACCCUGACGGGGGAGAAGGUGGACGUGCACAUCAUGAUGCAGCCGCCCUCGGGCGAGUGGCUCUACCUGGACACGCUGGUGACCAACAGCAGCGGGCGCGUCUCCUACACCAUCCCUGAGACGCACCGCCUGGGCGUGGGGGUGUACCCCAUCAAGAUGGUGGUCAGGGGAGACCACACGUUUGCCGACAGCUACAUCACGGUGCUGCCCAAGGGCACGGAGUUUGUGGUCUUCAGCAUCGACGGCUCCUUUGCCGCCAGCGUGUCCAUCAUGGGCAGUGACCCCAAGGUGCGGGCCGGGGCCGUGGACGUGGUGCGGCACUGGCAGGACCUGGGCUACCUCAUCAUCUAUGUGACGGGCCGGCCAGACAUGCAGAAGCAGCGGGUGGUGGCGUGGCUGGCCCAGCACAACUUCCCCCACGGCGUGGUGUCCUUCUGUGACGGCCUGGUGCACGACCCGCUGCGGCACAAGGCCAACUUUCUGAAGCUGCUUAUCUCCGAGCUGCACCUGCGCGUGCACGCGGCCUACGGCUCCACCAAGGACGUGGCGGUCUACAGCUCCAUCAGCCUGUCACCCAUGCAGAUCUACAUUGUGGGCCGGCCCACCAAGAAGCUGCAGCAGCAGUGCCAGUUCAUCACGGACGGCUACGCGGCCCACCUGGCCCAGCUGAAGUACAAUCACCGAGCACGGCCGGCCCGCAACACGGCUACUCGCAUGGCGCUGCGCAAGGGCAGCUUCGGCCUGCCAGGCCAGGGCGACUUCCUGCGCUCCCGGAACCACCUGCUCCGCACCAUCUCGGCCCAGCCCAGCGGGCCCAGCCACCGGCAUGAGCGGACGCAGAGCCAGGCAGAGGGCGAGCAGCGCGGGCAGCGCAGCUUGAGCAUGGCGGCCGGCUGCUGGGGCCGCGCCAUGACUGGCCGCCUGGAGUCGGGGGCAGCCACGGGCCCCAAGUAGGGCACCGUGAGUCCCGCACGGGGUCUCCAUGGUGCUAGGCCAGGGUGGCCAGCCCAGCCAGGAGGCCUGGCCUGGGCACACGCAGGCGCUGGGGACAAGCACAGACAUGGGCCUGGGAGCUUGUCCCAGGGUCCCUCAAGGACACAGGCCGUGCCACACAGUCCUCCCAGCCCUGCCUCACGUCCUAGGGUCUGAGGGGUCCAGCUUGUCGUGGAAGCUGCGGGACCACCAGCCCCAGGAUGACAGAGGGGCCAGGACCCCCGCCAGAGGCUGGCCUGGCUCUCCCAGACUUACUGCCCUGCGUGGAUCUCCCCACGUCCUGGUGCCGGCUGUGGGCCAGGGCCCAGCCUGUGACCUCCCUGCCACCGGCUCACCUCACCCCAGUCCCUCCCAUUUGGUAGCAGCUCCGUCAGGGGCCAGCCUGCUUCUUGUUAACUCGAGCGACUCAACUGUUCAACCUCACUGGUUUUGCACUGAUUUCUGAGAGCGGUGACCCAUUACCGUCUUCUGUGGCUACAGACCCGUUGACAUGCAUGAAAAUUCAGUAUUUGCUGACCCAGGACCUAGGACCACACCAAGACUCCAGUGCGGCAAAUCCUUGUGCAAGCAGGAAACAAAGGCCAUCAUCUUCCUUCUGCAGCCCAGACCCCUGCCCUCUGUCCGCUUGCCCUACCCGGAGCCCAGGCUGGCCUCAGGCCUGGUACCGUUUCCGGCCUGGACACAGCCCAGGCGCAAGGCUGCGAAGCCCGGCUGCCUCUUCCACACCUUGCCAUCAGCCAAGGCCCCUGCAACGGCCGCCGCCUGCCCGUUUCUACGCCUUUCUACUUCUCGAUCUGAUUUCUAUGAGGUUUUUUUAAAUGAGCAAUCCUUGGCUGCUUCCUUUUCUUAACUUCAGUACCAAGCGCAGCCCUUCCACACUGGAAACACCCAGCACUGUGACGGAGUCCAGCCUGGCUCCGGGCGAGGGCCCCGCCGCACAGUGCGGCGUGAGCUCCUGCCUCACCCAGCCCAUCAAUCCCACUGAAUUUCUACUCUGGGGUGGGUGGGGCACACUUAGGUUUUUUUAAUGCCAAUUCCGUUUUGAUGCCGAAUCUAAGAAGCCACAACUUGCUUCGUCAGCUUGAGGGCAGGUGGCCCCGAUUCGUCUCUCACCCAAGCGAGGACCAUGCUGUCCUGCACGCCGGUCCUAGCAUCAGCCCUGCCCCUGGCCCCCAGCGCAGCCUCAGCUGUGGCGCUCAGCUGCUGGCUCCCGGCGGCCCGGCGG